AAUGCGGCAGGCGAAGAAGAGACGGAAGUCAAACGUUUGUUGUACGGAACACACGACGAGCACGCUGCUGUAGUCAGAUGAGACGAUUUAAUCUCGUUUUGAAGGUCCAGACAUGACUGACUUUGAGCUCAGUGGCAGAUGGCAUCAUCACCCCUCAGGAUGGUCUCAGGCUUCACAAUGAGUGGUGGAAGCUUUGGUAUAAGUGGUCCGGCCCCUGCCUGGGCGGGGUAUUUGGGAAAAUCCCAGGACGGUCCAGGGCUGGCAGAGACAUGCCCCUGGUGCGAGGCGAAGGGACAGGUUGUCACUCUCCGCAGUUAUGCCAUCAACCACAAGGAGAGCAUCAGGCUCUGUCCAAGCCCUAUGUGUAUUUUCCCUCUGGUGAGUAGACCACUGGAGGCUGUGUUGUCCAGCCUCUCCUCCACACCUGUACCCGACCAACCCGACCAAACCCCAGCCGCCCCGGACAGCCCAGACCUCGUGCCUCCCUCGGCCAAGCGUGCCAGAACCGAAGAGCCUCCUGCCAAAGCCUGCUCCGUACACCCAAAUGGUGCCACACUGCCCGACCCGUCCACUCAGAACGGCGACUGCCUUCAUGCCACGGCUGAGAAUGAGGGCCUCUCCUCGGACAGGGACGGAGACGGUAGCGUCUGCGAGGAUGACGACAGCAGCGGAAUGGUGUGUGCGCCACCUGAGGAGGUGAGCGCGCCAGCGGUGGGCACGCCAGCGACCGGGGCCGCUCACAAACUCGACGCGCGUGCGUCCGCCUCGGCGGAACGUUCCGAGGUUCUUUCCGUGGAGGAUCCUGCAUCCGUGGAGGAAAAGAGCGGGAGUAAUCUGAGUUGGCUGAACUCGCUGCUGGUGGCUCUAGCUCAGUGUAAGACUCUGAGGCUGUCGUUGUUGUCGUCGUCGUCGUCGUCGUCGUUGUCAUCCAGUCGGCACGGCGACUGCUCCCAGGGGAGGAAGAGGAAGAAUGUCACUCCGGAUGUGUCACCUGUCUGGGAUUUGUGCGCACGUUACGAGCGCGCCUCCUCACUGCGCCAGUCUAAUCGCCAGAUGGAGGAAGGAAUUGACGCUCUUCAAGAAGGAGAGAAAAAGUUGGCUGAUCUCAGAUCAUCUGUUUUGCAGCUGCUGCAACAUCCCCUUCGGCGCAAACUAGAACUCAUACGGCGGACAGUGGAGACGCCCGCCCUGGCCCUUCCUGCCCUCCUUGAGCUGGACAGCGAUGCCAAAGAGCUCUUCCAGCACUCGGUCCGGUGGGAAAGCGACUGUCAGGCCUGUGGAUGCAGCUCCAGCAGCAGCUGUACCAGUACUGUAACAGCCUACACAGAGCUGGUGUCUGACUUGCAUCCACUGAGCGCUCCGGUCCAGAUUACAUGCAGCCGUUGUCAGAGCAACAACCAGAAGAAGAAGAUCCUGCAGGAACGGUUUCCCUCAGUGUUUGCUCUGCACUUCGUUAACGGUGUUCCCCAUAAUGAUGUCACCGCGUGCUCGUUUGGCUACGCGGACGCACAGUACGCUGUGACGGUGGUGAUCCAGCAUAAGGAGAGCGAGAACCUCUUCAUCUCCUGGUCUCGCCAGUCGGAUGGGUCUUGGACAGCAUAUAACGACUUUACAGAUCCAAGAGGCAAAUCUCACUCAAAGCUGGACAUCCCUGAAAAAGAAAUCCACAUGAUUUUCUGGGAGGUUAAAUCGGAAGACUCGCAUCAAACCACUACAUGCACCCCAAUGGAUACCCCUUCAUCGACAGACUCCAAACCAGAGGAGGAAGACGGCGUAGAAGUCGUCCCGCCAGAAGACGUGUCUUUCGUGUCCAAUACAUGCACACCAGUGGAUAUCCCCCCUUCAUCGACAGACUCCAAACCAGAGGAGGAAGUCGGCGUAGAAGUCGUCCCGCCAGAAGACGUGUCUUUCGUGUCCAAUACAUGCACCCCAGUGGAUAUCCCCCUUCAUCGACAGACUCCAAACCAGAGGAGGAAGUCGGCGUAGAAGUC